AUGCUGCCAUACAGAUCUUCUGAGGUCAAACAAGUGAGGCAAAGCGCGGGGAGCAAUCCACGAGGAUUGACGCCUUUAUACUCCCCUGCAGAGCCUCAAGUCGAUUUUGUGUUCGUCCAUGGUCUAAGAGGCGGCUCAGUCAAAACAUGGUGCAAAAACGAGAACUUAAGAUUGUUCUGGCCAAAGGAAUGGAUCGCCGCUGACGUCGACUUGAAAGACCGAGUGCGGACGUCUUCAUUUGGUUACGCAAACGACUGGAUGACCUCCAAAGCGAGCCAACUCACUUUGCAUGACUUUGGACGAGACCUCCUUCAUCAACUUGAGAACUCACCAUAUCUGAGGAGAGAACAGCAGACCCCCAUCGUCCUUAUCGGCCAUUCUAUGGGUGGAUUGGUCAUCAAAAAGGCUUACCUGCUGGCGCAUCAUCAAGGAAAGUCGAUCGUAAACCGCAUCAAAUGCAUCGUUUUUCUGGCAACACCUCAUCGAGGGUCUAUCGCGGCAGAGCGGCUCAACGGGUUUCUUGACCUUGUGGGUUGCGAGAAAGGUUACGUUGAAGACCUCUGUCGAAAUUCCAGUUCUUUGCAGGCGAUCAAUGACGAUUUCAGAAGUGUAGCUCACCCGGGCAAGCUGCGCUUGUGGAGCUUCUAUGAGACUCGAGGGAUGAUCAGGUCGCAUUUGAUCGUAAAGCAAGAUUCGGCGGUCCUCGGCUACGACGGCGAAGAAGUCAAUAUGAUUUUUGCAGACCACCGGGAGAUCUGCAAAUUCGACAGUCCACAAGAUGAGAAUUACCUAACCCUUCGAAACACAUUCCUGACGAUAACGGACAGUUUGACAUCAGGAUCCUGGCAGGACGCGUUGCAAUACAAGGCAGGACAGAUGGAGUCCAUUGCAACAUAUCUGAACAUCGGCCAUCCACCGCAAUCUGACCUCGACCAGCACCGAGACAAACAAGCAGAGGAGUCUUGCACAUGGUUAGAGGCUCGGCGUGUAUUCGAAAUUUGGAGGGAUGGUACACGAGAGAGUCCUCCUGUGGCAGAAGGAUCGUCUCGCUCGCAUACAGUGCAGAACCGGCGGGUAACGUCCAUGAACGGUCGUUGCAGUAUAUUUUGGUUAAGUGGGAAAGCUGGAGCAGGAAAAUCUGUGUGCGCCGCCCACGUUAUCACACAUCUGCAGUCUCAAAAGCGCGAUUGUUCAUACCAUUUCUUUCGGACAGGCGAGAGAGCAAACACUGGGAUCAGCCCGAUGUUGCUUUCAUUGGCCUUUCAAAUGGCUGAAAUUGCUCCAAACAUAAGGGAGGCGCUUAUAACGAUGCAGGAGUCGAGGGAUACCUUCGACGAGGACGAUGAUGGUGCCGUUUGGAGAAAGUUUUUCGUCAAUCUCAUACUGAAGUCCGAGAUCCGGCGGCCUCAAUAUUGGGUUAUUGAUGGAGUAGACGAAUGCGCGGAGGUGGAGAAGUUGUUCCUGAAGCUUGAUACGAUUGACUGCUUGUUUGAUCUCCGGAUCUUUAUGACUGGCCGUCAAACCCCAAUACUCGAAGCUCUCUUCAAACGGUUGAACAGCAGUAUCCACAAAACUAUGGAUUCGAUCCAGUCAGUCAAUACGCAGUCCGACAUGAGGCUUUAUCUCAACUCUCGCCUCGAUUAUUUCCCGGUGGAUGAUCACGCCAAGCGGAAUGCUCUGGUUGAGAGAUUACUGGCAAAAGCCAAUGACUCCUUUCUGUGGCUGACUUUGGUCACCCCAGAGCUUGAAGUGGUCUAUUCGGAAACCUCCAUAGCCCAGAUCUUCGAAGAGGUUCCUCUCGGGAUGUCGGCCUUUUACGAAAGAUCCGUUCAAUCUCUGCUCCGGUCGAAGCGACAGGGCGAACGUGAGGUUGCAAAAGCAGUUCUGAUUUGGUCAACAUGCGCCAUGCGGCCUCUCAAGUUGGAAGAACUCAUGGUUGCCUUGAAUGAGUAUGAGGGGUGCAGAGUUCCAAAUCUGAGAGCGGUCAUUGAAGGUCCUUGCAACGGUUUGCUUUUUAUUGACAAUGACGGCCGUGUGCAACUAGUGCACGCAACGGCACGUGAGUAUCUCCUUGAGGUUUUGGAAUCCUUGUUCGAAGUCACGCACCGCGCUGGGCACGAGCGACUCGCAAUAACGUGUCUCGAAUGCCUUGGAAAGGAGAUGUCGGCGUCUCGCGGCCGAUAUCUCGGAGGCAGUGAAUAUCGACGGCUGCGAAGUCGAAGCGUGUUUGCCAACUACGCCAGCAGUGCAUUCUCGGAGCAUUUUGCUGCUUCUCCAUCGACGUCAGACCGGUUGCUCAAGGACGUGUCCAACUUUUUAUCCACCAAAGCCUUGACCUGGAUUGAACAUAUUGCCAUGGAGCAACCUUCGCUAUAUCCCCUGAUGCGAGCAGCCAAGAACUUCAAGGGCUUCCUCAAGAGUCGAGGAGAACGUAAGACGCAGCUUUGCGAGUAUUCCAAAACUCUAGACGAUUGGGCCACGGAUAUAAUGAGAGUGGUCACCAAAUUCGGUCAUAACCUGCGGAGUCAUCCAAGCUCCAUCCAUUCUCUAAUACCAUCCAUAGCACCUAAACAAUCGCGUCUCUUCCAAACUGUCCAAAGGGGUCCUAAAUGGCUCGAAUGUGUCGGCUCGGCUUCUGAGACUUGGGAUGAUUGCAUUUCUACCAUCGAAUAUAGAGACAGCUGGGCCAUUUCCCUAACGACUGGCGCGAACGUUUUUGCGAUCGGUAUGAAGAGUGGUGUGGUCACUGUGUACGACCAGUCCACUUGUCAAGAGCGAUUGUCGGUGCAGCAUAAGAACUGGGAAGAGUCUACCCCAAGUGUGCCGGGUGUGACGGCAAAGCCACCCACGGCAGUGAGACUGUUGGCCUUUGCUUCCUCUGACACGAGGUUCGCUUCUGCCAGCUCUCGUUCUAUUUGUGUCUGGUCAAUGGGUGGUGAGCUGCUGAACAUCUUACCUUUACAGAUACCAUGCGUCUCACUGAAAUUUUCGGUAGACCAGAAAGAGCUCCUUGGCGUGACAACGUCGAGCCAAAUUGUUCGUUGGAGGUCUUCAGAAGAGGCAGAUGUGCCCGAUGUUCUUGGACAUUGUCGCAGACCUCUGACUGCUCGAAAUACAGAGCAUCAAGAACUCGCAUUACGUCAUCAAGCACCUUUGGCGGCUGCCAUCUCCCCUGACCAGUCAAUGGUCGCAUUGUUGUACCGAGGGAGGCCAAUAUAUCUAUGCAGCCUCGAGGACAAUACUGUUCUCGGCCUUUGCGGCAGAGACGUAGGGUCAAAAGCGCGGAAUAUUUCGGUGCAGACAGCGCUGUUCAAUCCCAAUCCAGAACUGAAUCUCCUGGCCGUGACAUACCAAGACGGAGAGCUUGCGAUUUACGACGCUUGGGCGCAGAAAGAGCUAGUGAGAGUUGAGGGCGAUGCAUAUUCACUUGCUGCAACGCCCGAUGGCCGGACUCUAGGGUCUGGAAACUACCGUGGCACGAUCCAUGUGUGGGAGUUCGACACUCUUUGCUUGCUAUAUUCGAUAAAAAGUGGCCUGGAUGAUGUUAGAGAAUUGGCUUUCACUGGAGAUGGGCUUCUUAUUGUCGAUAUCCGUUGUUCGAGAACAAAAGUCUGGGAGCCAAGCGCCCUUGUACGCCAACCGACAAAAGCUGACGCCAGUACGGGCAGCGUCGGGGCCCUAGGCGCUCCUGUGGUUGGCACCAACGGCGAUAUUAUCUCAAUCACGACCAUGUGCCCUGACGAGGCAGGAGAUCUCAUUUUUGCCGGGCGCGAUGAUGGAUCCGUUGUGGCAUAUGAGGUCAGCACCGGGCUGUUCCAUUCCGAGAUCCACUCCCAUGGGCAUGGACAUUUCAUCUCUAGAAUCGCCUUUCAAAACGGUCUGAUUGCAAGUGCUGAUGGAGGAGGUAGCGUCAUAGUUCGAAGACUCACUGAUGUCUGCGGUCAGACUGAGCAGAAUAGAGGCGAGGUCGUGUUACAACGCAAUAUGGUUGGACCGCUGCGGCAACUGCUUUUCAGUCAUGGUGGGCGCUACCUCUUGGGAGCAACCGAAAACCAGCACGUUAUCUGGAAUCUGCAGGCUCGCCAGAAAUGCCUGAAAGGCUCAACUCGAGGGGGACACUGGGUCAGAUUAGGACCCAACUUAGGGGUACUGAAUACCGACCAUUCGCUUCAGCUGCAUGACUGGGAUACCAUGCAGCAUGUGGUUACUCUUCCACUGGAUAUGCCGCCUAGUUUCGAUGCGUCUAUUGCGGCGAACCUUAUUCCACAGAUCCUAGCACAGGAUUCCGAACCAAAUGUCGUUGCUUGUGCUUUCAGUCAACGUGGCUCGUCUAAGAUCCGUGUGCUGGGCUGGGCGGUUUCGUCCAUCAAUUCAGAAGCUGUUAAGUCUCAAAAUCCACGCUCCUUCUCACUGGAACUUCCAGCUCGGGAUAUCAAAGAGAUUGUUGGUCUUUGCUCGGACCUAAUCAUCUUCCUCGACCGUGAUCUGUGGAUAUGCUCUGUAAAGCUGCAGGAUCCAAAGAAGGAGGUUCUGCCCAAGAUUGAACGACAUUUCUUCAUUCCGCCGGAGUUCCUGAGUGGCAGUAGCGCUCUUAGACCAAUGAUUACAGCACAACACCAUGUUAUUUUCGCCAAAGAGACCGAGUUGGCGAUCGUCAAAGGUGGGUUGAGUUGGGGCCAUACUUCAUAUACAAGAGAUGGGUAA